AUGCUGUCCGCUUUGCCGCGUGUGCCCAUUCCCAAGAAUGGCGUCGACUACCGCAACAAGAUCGUUCUCGCUCCCAUGGUCCGCUCCGGCGAACUGCCCUCGCGCCUGCUUGCCCUUCAUUACGGUGCCGACUUGGUCUGGGGCCCCGAGACCAUCGACAAGGCCCUCAUCGGCACGAGGCGCAUCGUGAAUCCGCAGACCAAGACGAUCGAGUACCGCCGCUUCGCCAACAAUGGCCAGAAAAAUCACGUCCCAGACCCCGACCAGCGCGAGAGCGUGAUAUACAGGAUAGAUCCGGAGCGCGAGAAGGGCAGGCUGAUUUUCCAGCUUGGCACCCCAAACCCCGAGUCGGCUGUGCAGGCCGCCUCGUUGGUUGCCGCCGAUGUCGCUGGCAUCGACGUCAACUCGGGCUGCCCAAAGCCGUUCAGCACCCACGGUGGCAUGGGCGCCGCCCUUCUGAAGGACCCCGACAGGCUGUGCGCCAUCCUCGAAGCCCUGGUCAACGAGGUUGGCCGGAAGUUUGAGAUUGGCAUCAGCGUGAAAAUCCGCAUUCUGGACAAGCCCGAGGACACCAAGGCCCUGGUGAGCAGGCUGGUCAGGACUGGAAUCACAGGCUUGACGGUGCACUGUCGCACUACCCCCAUGCGUCCGCGCGAGAGGGCCAUCCGCCACCAGGUGAACAUGAUCAGGGAGGUCUGCCACGAUGCCGGCGUCGCUUGCUUGAUCAACGGCGACGUCGACGACUACGACCAUGGCCUACAGCUCAUGGAUGAGUUCGGCGUCGACGGCGCCAUGAUUGCAACCGCUGCCGAGAAGAAUUCGAGCGUCUUCCGCCGCAAGGCCGACGGCGGAAAAGCGCCGUGGCAGGAGGUCGUCAAACAAUACGUCAUCUACACGCUGCAGAUCGACAACCGGUGGGGGAACACCAAGUACCUCCUCAGCCAGCUGAUUCCUGGGAAGGACAACGCCUACAAGAAAAUGAACAAGUGCCACUGCUACACGGAGCUGGUCGAGGCCCUGGGCUUCGAUGAUCUUUUGCACAUGGCAAAGGCAACGGACGACAGGCUCAAGAUUCCCAUUCGGACUACCAAGGCUGAGAAGCGCGCUCUGGCCAGAGAGGCCAAGGCAGAGGAGUGUGAUACCAAGAAGGCAAAGGUUUCUGUGCCCGUUCUGGCUCAACGCGGCCGCAUUCCACGCGGCACCGACGGCGCAGAGUUUGCCCAAUACUAUGCCCACGAAGCCGCCACGCGCUGGCCAUGCACCGCCGAUGCCGUCUCGUUAUCCUCGCUACAUCUGGUCGUGCGCGCCGGCCGCGAUGUCUGGGGCCGCACCGACCGCGCGCAGCCGCUUGCCCUCUCGCUGACGGUUGCUUCGCGCGCAGGCUUCGCGUCGGCCGCUGCAGACGACGCGCUCGACGGCGGCACCGUGCACUACGGACAUUUGAGCAAGAACGUGCUCGCGGCGCUGAACAGUGCUACUGCGACCGGCAACGAGUGGCUGAGCGGCUUGGAUGUUGCGAGUAGGACGAGUGAGGCGUUGAUGGCGACGGCGGCCGAAGGUGCAGUAGAGGCUGCGAGAUUAGACGUGUGCUUCCCAAAGGCGAGCACGCUAGGGACGGGUGCGGGUGUCGAGUGGACGGUGUUUUAUGCUCCCGCUACCGGAGACGUGGUUGGCUUCGCGAGGCAGUUCAAUGAGCGCACGAAGAAACAGAUGUGCUUGGUGAGCGUGUGGGUGGACAAGGUCUCGGAUGCGGCGAUUGAUGCGUACGAUGUGGUGGAGGAUAUCAUGCUAAAGACCGUCGAGAACACGGAUUUUGAGACUCUUGAGGCUCUCGCCGAGAAGGUAGCCCACACGUUGUUUGACAGCUUCAUAAAGACUGAAUCGUCUGGCUCAAACCUGAGGCUUCGUAUCGAAAAGCCGACAGCAGUGCCGCUUGCCGACUUCCCGGCCAUUGAGAUUUAUAGGACUCAAGCCCAGGUCCUAGGCGCCUAG